CCAUGUCAAAGCUCUUUGCGUUUGAUACCAAUUUUUCUUCAUCGUCACCCUUUGUCCAACCCCCUUCUUCCACCACCAAAAGCCCUUGCAUGCGUACCACGUGUCGGAGGAACAGAAAAGACAACUCCCGAACGCCGUCCUUUUUUAUCAUGACUGCGGAGUUUCUCAUCAAUUCUCAUCUUCGUGUCCACAUUGCAACAAAAGAAACCAAAAAGAAAAAAGAACAACGACUAGAUACAAGACCGAAAACAUGAACGAAAUGAGAAAAAUCCAGUAUGUAUCUUCUACUGCCGCAGCAAGUUGAGAAGUUUGUGUCAGAUGUCCAUCACAUCUUCAGUCAGCAACAUGGCUCCCAUCUUCCAUCUUCCGUCACAUCCCCCGCCGAUAUUACCAAAAUUCUUCGCCGAGUCGUCAAAAAGGUCCAAAGAGCACAAGAGAAGGAUAUCAAAAGAAGCAUCGGUAUACCGCCGUAUGGCUGGCUGGUCGAAACAGCGGCUCGAUGCAUGUGUGGCUGAGAAGAGAAGUUGAUACAUUGGAUCAUUCCCCCACUCCGGUAUGGAAUGGAAGAGGCCGGAUGUGGUCGUGAUAUCGUUUCGUCAUAGUCGACUGCCGUCGUCGACUUCGAGAUGCAGGUGUCGUUUGCUCCAGCAUGCAGCUGGUGCUGGAGAUGCUAUUGAGCGCCCAUGUACGCCGCGCAGAUGCAAUUCACAGAUAACAAGGUGAGUCAAGGCUGGUUGAGAUCACAAGGUCUCUUCGCCAGCAUGCUGGUUGGCAAGCUCAAGCAAACGCUGAUGGAAAGGC